UAGACCGCGGGCCGAGGUGCAUUUUCUUUUCAUCUCGUGCCUCAAAUUUGUAUCUAGCUGUAUUUUGGUCAACAUGUUUAAAAAUAUUUAUUACAGUCACAUCUGAAACUCGUCAGUAACAAAACUUGCACAUUUUCUGAAAAUAUCAAAAAACAAAAAACAAAUUUGAGACAAUUUUUCACUUUCUACGGUAAGAAUGACCAAUCACAAUACGUUGCUGAUAGCAUGAUGUGUGGAGUGACUGGCUUUUGGCCAAUCAUAUUCUUUGUUUUAUGCGCACGCCUAUGCGACUUUUACUGUGCACUGCGACUUUCACUGUGUACUAUGGCGACUUCUGAGUCGUUUGAUGCCAGUGAGACGGACAAUUCUGAGGCUGGUGAAUCCGCUUUCUGUUCCAUACAUGUCAUCGAUACUCAGAGCAAGAUUAUACCAUUUAGUGAUAAAAGCUAUCAAAAGUGUAAGGAGUGUGCAGCUAAGUGGGUAAUCGUGGAAGAGAGUUUAGAAAGUGAAGUUGCAGAGAAGUUGCAAGAACACGUACACGAAAGUGAAGGUGUGGGACAAGUCGGUCUUCAGUCAUCGACAACAAGCAGGGAGCACCAUACUCGGCUUCGAGGAUAUCAUGCUGAAUGUUACCGACACUUUUGCAACGUAACGACAAUCAGUAGAGCAUUGACAAGACUUCAGAAGAAGAGAGAUGCUGAGAAGACAUCUACAGAAGAUCCAGAGGAAGUGUCAGCAAGUGAGGAUGCCCCUGCACCCAAGAGACUGCUGCGGUCGAGAGUAUCCCAUGAAAAUCAACCCUCUACCAGCCAUGACUUUGAUAAGCCGCAUGUAUUGCCAGUCCAUUGCAUUAUCUGCAAAGGAGCUAAGUAUAUCCGCGAACAGUCUUCUGGUAAACGGAAGGUAGAAAAAUUAAUUCUUUGUGAAAGAAAAGAUGGGGGGCAUCUGUUAGAGGCCGCUUUAUUAAAGCAAGAUGAACAAUUGCUUUUACACAUACGUGGGAAAGAUCUUGUUGCAAUAGAAGUAAGGUACCAUAAAUCGUGCUAUUACAGGUAUACAAAAGUUGUGAAGAGAUGUAAUACUUAUAAACAGGAUACUCAGCAAACAGUAAUAUAUGAUAAGUCAUACUCUAGUUUCUGCAAAAAGGUAAUUGAGGAAAGGAUAAUGAAAAAUAAGGAGAUCCUUAGGCUGACUAAGCUGAACCAACUCUUCAUCAAGGAAGUCAGGGGAGUUGAAGGAUUAGAUGCCUCCUCCUUCAAAACCUACCGAUUGAAAGCACGAUUGAAAUCCUCACACCCUGCUCUUUGUGUAUUACUUGCAAAAUAAUCAUUAAAUCUGUCAUGACACCCGUGAUGAUUUCUCUUUAUUCUUUGCUUACUUUCAUAUGUUUUUUUUCCUUUAAAUAAAAAGAGUGUAAACACAGGAUGGAUAUACUUGCCUUCUGAAAAAUGACAAGAUCACAAAACAAAGUGAUUUAAGCAUUAAUGUGUCAUUUAUGUUCUUUUGUUAUACUCUAUUCAAUAUGUCACAGUUAUUAUUGACCCCUGAGCUGAUUAACACAACUUUGAAUCAUUCAUUAGCCAAAUCAAAAUUAAAACUAAAACAAAUACAUACAUAUAUUUUUUUAAAGGACAAGAAAUUCAAAUUUUCCUAUUGUCAGAAAUCUGUAGGUUUAUUAUUCCUGAUUUGCUAAUUUGAAGAAAACCUGUUGUCUCACUUCUCCAUUGCAGUAAAAUAUACAUGCACAUGUAUAUUUUGAUGACAAGAGUUUGUAGCAUUGUAACAUCAAUACGCCAAUACCUAUAUGAUAGUUAUCCUUCCAUGCAAAAACAGGGUAAAGAUAUGAAUAUACCAAUUUCUGUUCAAACACAGUUGUUUGGGACAACUAAGGUCACACUUGUAUGAUGUUGUAUUUUACUGUUCAUGUGAUUUAUAUGAAAACUUUAGAGAUUGAUGAGGCUUAACAAUUUAUAACCACUUUGAAUAUAUAGUCAUUUACAGUAUUUGUGAGGUAAAUGUAUAUACUUCCAGCAAAAUGUUUUUGAUGCCCAAGUCUAGUAGUGGUUUAUUGACUGCACUGCACAUUCAAUUGUUUAUGGUACAUAGUCAUUUAGACAAACAUAACAUGAAUCCAUUGUUACCAUGUUUCACUCAGGUGUACAUGUACAUGUAAAUGGGUACCCAUCUAACCAGAGCAGUACAUAUUUUGUUGCUAGGUAUUACUACAUGCAGGUAAAGAGAAGUGUCAUAAAGCAUAACAAGUGCUCUAUAAACAGGAACCAAUAUUUUAUUUUGAAAAUUCCUGAUACAUGUUGAGUAAUGGUCAUUCCCUUUGUCAUUCUGGAAAGUAUUUGUUCUUCAUGUAUUUUUUUUUCAUCAUGACUUGACACUGAAAGUUGUUUCUCAAUAUGUUAAUGUAAGGGAAGAAAAUACUUGUAGAUGUCGGGAGAUAAAUGUGUUUUUUGCCUCUAUUCACUGCUAAAUAAAUACAUUGUACCAUUGUAGGUAUAGAUUUGAACUGGACAUGUAAGUAUUUUGUUCCAUUGUGAAAAAAUAUUCUGAUUGUGCACUAUCGGAGGAUUGAGAUUAAGUAGUUCACAAUUUUGUAAAUACCAUGAUUAGUAAUUGAAAUGUAUUCACGUUUAAGUUUAUGUUUUAUGCUGUACAAAUGUGGGUAUCUGGCAAUUCUUGUUUUUGUCAUCAACGUAAUGGAGGGAAAAUAUUGUUAAAAAUAUAAUUAAAUCAUCAAAUCAUCAAAGGCAAGUAGCAAGGAAGUUGAUUUAUGUCUGGUUUCCAUGCCUUGUAUGAAUCAAUGAUGGAUUUUCUCCCUCUAACAGUACACAAUGAUAUUGAACAUUUGAAAGUCAUUGUAUGAAUUAAUUCUCUGUAUUGCUAGUACAGUAGACUUAUACUUGUUCAAAAUCUGUUGGGGCAGUUUAAUAGAUUUGGUAUUAAGGAAUGAGUUUGAUCAUUGUUAUGAAAAAAACAAAAACAAAACUGCCUGGAAAUUUCCUUUAAGAGCCAGAAAAGUGUACCUCAUCAUGAAUACAAUUUAUUUUUCUUACAAUGAAUCUACUUCAUACUAUGCAUUACGUCUACUGCCCCCCCCCCCCCCCAUUGUCAAAACUUCCUGUGAUUUUGCAAUGUAUUUGAGAUACAUGUAGUUAAAAGAUGAUUAAAAAUAUUGAUUGAAUAUGGAAA